AAUGUCAUCUGUGGGGUCAAACAGCGAGCCAAAUGACUUAUAGUCAUAUAGUCAUCAAAUGUUAUAUAUUAAAUUACAAUACGGAUUUUUUUACAUUUAUUUUAUUUUGUUUUAGUACUUUACUUAUUUACAGUGUAUUAUUAAAUAAGAACCGUGCACGCUGUGACUUCUCAGUAUUUUAUUUAAUAAGGCAGUAGCACCUCCAGUCCAGACCGCAGGGGGGCAGUAGAGAAUCCUGAGGCCAUUUUUACGCGCCGGAAGGAAAACGUGAUCAGAGAAAGAAACACGCAAGCUUGCGAACUAAACUAGCAAAAAGUUCCGUCCAAAGUUUUUGUUCGUGUGAAUGCGCGAAUUUUAAUAUUUUGGAACGAGUUUGUUUAUUUUCUCCACGCACGGUUACCUAGGCAACGUCAUGUCGUAAAUGUGGAUCUCCGCACCCUAACACACACACAAAAACAGCGACAUGAGCGCCUGAGGGUCCGUAACCAUGGCGAAGCAGUUUACCAUCGACGAUGCCUUCUCAUUGGAGGGGGAGGAGGACGGGGCGGGGCCAGAGGGGGAUUUGGACGGAUGGAAGGAAAGAGAGAGGGAGCGUGAUGGAGAGAUGACGUUCGGCCCCCUGACUUUCUCCAAACCGCAGAGUCUUCCCUCCUCCUCCAACGGAACGAUGGAUCACAGCAACCUCAAAUACCAGAACCUGGAGAAUGAAGAGGUCUUGGGCAGUCCUGUAAACUCCACCUUCAACAACCUUUUUAAAAUCAGUGAUCCAGCCACACUGUCUUACUGCAGCUCCCAGUGGUCAUUCAGCACACUCAGCUCUGUUACACAGCUCUCUGCACACUGCUGCGGGUGGACGUCUCAUCCUUUAAUAAAGAAGAACAGAAGGGUGGUGCUCGCCUCGUUCCUCCUCCUCAUCACUGGAGUCGCUCUGAUUUUUACAGGCAUUGUCCUUGAGUUAAACCCACACGCAGAGGUUUCAAGUGCAAUUUUCUUUGUAUCUGGAUUUCUUCUCUUCAUUCCCGGUGUUUACCACGUGAUCUACAUAAGCUGUGCUGUCAGAGGGCAAAGGGGAUUCAAGUUCUUUUACCUGCCGUACUUUGAGAAAUAGUGACUCUCUCUCUCUCUCUCUCUCUCUCUCUCUCUCUCUCUCUCUCUCUCUUUUAUUUUUUUAAGUUUUCAAUCACAAAAUACAGAAAUGAGAUGAAGCUCUAUAGGUAAUGCUUUAUAAUAAGAUUCCCUUCAUUAACAUUUAAUGAACAAAUCAUCAGUGUGAACAGUAAUACACCAUUAAUAAUAUUCACGUAAUCAACACUUGUAUCAAUUUGAUUGUUUACACGGUAAGGUUUAUUCCAUUUAGAUAAGAUAAUGUUGUACAAAAUGUUUGCGCUGGUUAAUUUGUGGAAAUCUAGCUUUUAAUCCCGCUGACCCGAGUUCAGCCGAUCAAUAUUUUAGCAUUUAUUUCUGUUGUGCGGAUUUAUAUUGAGUUGUCGAUGGGGUAUGCAAGAAAUAAAACACUCCGUGUUGUGCUGUUAGGGGAAAAUGAUCGACAUCUGGGUGGUGCGGUGUGGUGCGGUAUGGUGCGGUGUGGUGUGGUGCGGUGUGGUGUGGUGCGGUGUGGUGCGGUGCGGUGCGGUGCGGAGCUACUGUUACCACCCUGUAAAGUAAUUGAUUAAUUUCCUAUAACCGCACAUCCUGACGUGUUUUAUUCCUCUUAUUCUACAGCAAUUUGCCAAUUAUUACAAUGUUACAGUUACAAUUACAGCAUCAUUUUUUUUUAUCCGUUUAUAGUUGCAUUUAAUGUUGUGGAACGUCCUGUCAUCACUUACGUUAUAGCAGCUAUAAACAGCCGUUCCCUCACCCGACUCUCUUUCAUCUCUCUGUCGAAGUUAAUAAGAGUUGAAGUCAAAUCUAAAAUUGAAUAUUCAGUUUACAUCUGAACAAUCGUCUAGCACAAGUGUUGAUUAUUUUAACAUUAAUUAUCGUUUAAUGACGUUAACUAAUGCCAGAAAUAAGGUUUGUGAACCUUGAUGUAUUUGUGCUAUCGUGCUGUUAAAUCCUGUGAAAAUUCCUCUGAUUUCCGGGUCUAAUCUCAUAUCCGAGUCGCUUUCCUUUGCACAGUACACACCGUAGAUCCAGUUUCAGGGGCAGACACACAGCUACUGAGCUGAAAUCACAACUCUUAAUUGACUUUACUGAUAUCUUUAAAAGCUUUUUUUUCAUCUUAACGUCGUUUAUUAGAUAUUUUUAACUUUAUAACCCUAAAUCGACGGCAUUGACUGCAGUUCUGCUGUAGGAGCUGUUCGGGGGG